AUGCCGACUCAAGAGACUACCCCUCUUCUGGGCUCGAACCAUGCUCACGGUGAUUCCUCUCAUCGUACCCCCUUCGACCCCAUAAAGUCGUCAAGGUAUCUUCUCUUCGGCUCAUGGCUCAACAUCCUCAUCGUAUUUGUUCCCUUGUCAAUCAUCGCCGACCUUCUCCACUGGAGUGCUGCCGCUCGUUUCGCUACUUCCUUCUUAGCCAUCGUGCCGCUUGCAAAGCUCCUCGGUGACAGUACUGAACAACUCUCUAUGAAGCUUGGUCAGACUCUGGGUGGUUUGCUUAACGCUACUUUCGGUAAUGCCGUCGAAUUGAUCGUUGCCAUCGCGGCCCUUGCCCAAAAUGAACUCCGAUUGGUGCAAACCUCCCUGCUCGGUAGUGUAUUAUCCAACGUACUCUUGGUUCUGGGCAUGAGCUUCUUUGCCUCUGGUUUCUUCUUUCACGAGUCCACCUUCCAAGUGACUGCCGCCCAAGCAAGCUCAUCUCUCCUGACCUUGGCUUGUAUCACGCUCAUUCUACCUGCUGCAUACCACGCCUCGAAUACUGAGGGAGUGGAAUCGACCCUCAAGCUUUUACUCGAAGACGGUGCUCCAGAUCCUCCCGACGCAUCGCUUCGAGGUCUCCUUAUCUUGUCAAGAGGUACUUCCAUCAUUCUUCUCGCGACUUAUCUCGGCUAUCUCUAUUUUCAGCUUCGUACGCACGCCCAGCUCUUCGAAGCUGAGCAAGCCGAAGAUGAAGAAGCUGAAGUUGCCUCCAUGGAUCAAUGGAGCGCUGGUGUAUGGCUGGUCAUCAUCACCGUUAUAACCGCUUUUUGCGCUGAUAUAUUGGUGGGAAGUAUCGACGAAACCGCUGAGCAAUGGCACAUUCCCAAAAGUAUUCAGAUCGCUGCUGGUAUGAUCCCCUUGCUGGUGAUCAUAGCCUGGCCCCUUCACAAGAAUUUGACCCUAUUCUUUGCGAACUUCGAAACCAUUGUGUUGUUCGUCUCUGUCAUGCUCGUAAACCUUUUACUGCAAGAUGGUCGAUCCAACUAUAUGGAGGGUGUCAUGUUGAUGUCCCUAUAUCUGGUCAUUGCCCUGAGCUACCUUGUAUAA